AUGUCAGAUUCGGACUCUAUGGUAGCUCAGCAAAUCGCUCUUUUCCACUCCCAAAUCAACAAGAAAAGAUUCAACGACGAUUCUCUUCGCAUUCUCGAAUCAGUUCUCUCCUCCAAUGACGUUAAAUCGCUUUUUCAGCUACGAUCCACCUUGAAAGAUUUCAUCAGAUCUGAAUCUCUCUCCGCUAUUCGCCAUAUUGCAGCCAAAACUGUGGAUCAGCAGCUCUCAACCCUCGAAUUCUUCGUCGGAGCCUUCGCUAUUAUCGGCGAUAUAGAGAGUUGUUUGGCUUUGAGGUACGAGGCUCUGGUUCUUCGCGAACACAAGUCUCAAAUCCAUCAAUGGUUGCAAGUUUCACCUGUGGAAUGGCUUAAUUUUGCGGAGCAAUUAUUAGAUAACCGUUUCUAUGCUAUUGCUGCAAAGGCUUGUGAUUAUGGAUUAUCAUGCUUUCACAAGAACGAAAUUGUACGGUCCAAAACAGAUGAAUCGUGUGAAAAUUUGCAACUUAUUGAAAAAAUAACCAAACUCAAGAACUGUGCUCUAACACUGGCAGCUUCCCGCUCUGGUAUGUUCCUCAUUAAGGCACAGGCAGCAGAAUACUUGAGAAAGAGAGCGAGUGAGGAAUGCAACUCACAGCCUCCAAGUUGUAAGCCAGCACCUUGUGCUGCCAGCACUCUGUACAGAGAUGGCAUUAAAAAGCGCAAUGACCGGAAACUGAACGCAAGUCGAAGGACGGUAUCGAGUUCAAGUCAACUGUGA